UAGCCACUCAAGUUGCACUUUUUCUCUAUCCUCUUGAACGAUAAUUAUAAAUAGAGUCCUAGAGGGAGGCUUUGGAAUGAUUCAUUGAAAUCAGGUAAAUACAUGGAAUGGUGGCCAUGUUUGGGAAAUGAAGUUGGUCGGAAACUUGGAUCCUGUUGUUUGUACAAUUGAAAUCAUCUCUAAUCAUUCUAGUUGCCCUUAUGCUCUAUUCUACUAUGAAUGCUCCAAUUACAGUCCUGGAUGGAACUCAACUUAUAACAUGGAAUGAUGAUCAUGUUGGAGAACGGAAGCUGGUCCGGAAGUUUUGUCUUGUUCCCGCAAUUAGAAAUAUCUCCAAUCAUUCUAGUUACUUAACAAAUUCUCUAACCAGAGUCCUAGGUGGGAACUUUUGAAUGAUUAAUACUGUUUGAGAAAAUACAUUGAUUGGUCGUUAUGUUUGAGCAAGAACGUUGUAUGUCCAAGCGCUUAUGUAAACAUUCUGGUCACCCUAUAAAUUAGCCCCUCUUUUUAUGUUUGAGAGAGGAAGUUGUUGCUCUGAUUAUUAUGACCCUUUGUGUGUUAUUCUGAGAUGAUCAUCGAGUGUUGCCCCUUUUUCACAAUCUCAAGUUCAAUGACAGUUUGUUAGCUGAACGUCCUAAUUUGUUCGAGUAGCCUGAUGAGGAAAUAAUGUUAUGCUCAGUUACUGUGUCAUGCGCUGAUUAUUGUGCCUUAUUGUUGUACCGUUCAUCUGAUUAUGAAGAGAAUCUUAAUACAAUGACUGUGUCAGAACUCGAUGGUGAUUGAAAAGGUUUCUGCAGCUUCACAUUGCACAUUUUAACAUUCUGAUUCAACCUUUAACUGGAAAAGAUCUGAGCUAGAUUUUGGCACAAUUAUUGAUAUGAGAGCUCGAAAGUAUUAUAGGUUCCCAACAUCAGUUGGUUCUCUGUUAACUAUCUUAUCUACUUUCAGAAUCCAUGCAUUUUUUUUAUUCUAGAAAGUGACCAUAUGCUAUGUUUGUUACAAAACUCUAUGAUCGCUUUUGGCUAUUGUAUUUGACAGAUGUGCAUCCUGAGAAAAUGCUCGGUCUGUGAUAACAUAAUAGAUUCGGAGAUCACGAACUUUUGAAUGAGUUAGACGAUCGGCGUAAUUUUUUGGUGCCUUCGUUUGGCAAGUUUUCCCCCUCCUUUAAUCUAUAAUUUUUAUGAGCUCCAGCCCUGAGAUUACAAACUUGAUUAAUUAUAGCUCCAAUGGAAACAUACUUUCAAGAAUUAAGUGUCUAGGUGCAGUAUCAAACUUAUAACAGGGCCCUGUGAUUUCAAUAUGAUACUUAAUUGAAGCAUUAUUGCUUGCUCCUGGUUGCCCCGUCACUUUCUAAUAGUUCUACUUGUGCUAAUUUCUUCAGUCAGAAUGAGAAGUGUUUGGAGUGACUAAAGCUUAUAUACGGUUGCCUUUCUGCUUGUGCGGAAACUCCUGCAACUUAGUUCCUGAGCUUCCCUCUUGCUUCAUUGUAGCAAGUUACAUUUUUUGUAGGUCGGAUCAUAGGAAUGAUUUUGUUGUUGUGCAUGUCCCUUUAGAGCGAUAACAGUUGGAAUCUCAUGAGUCCAUAUAAGAGAUUAUCCUAGGAGAAAGUGAGGUUCAUGGUUGGUUUCAAAUAUAUUAUUUAGAGCAUAUACAGUUAGGAAAUGGCAUGGCUUCCUGUCUAGACUUGCAAAUUGCAAUUCAACUGAGCUAUUACUGGAAGGUCCUGAAAUGGGGAGUGGGGACCUUGCUAUUUUCUGCUUAAUGAUUAUGCUUCUGACAGCUAGUAAAGUUCAAAUCAGGAUUAACGUGGAAUUCCAAAUCAAGUCUCAAGGCAAAAGUAUCGGUUGGUAAUGUGUUACUUUCUUAAGAUUCGGUUUGUUUGCAGUAAAUUAUUAUGGAAGUGAUUAGAAGGACCUAUGCUUUCAUUUCAUCUGAAGAUUUGGAUUGUGAUGGAUCCUAUAGAAAACUCUUGUUAGUGCCCUUUUGCGUGUUGAAUGCAGGGGAUAUGAUAAGCCUGCUUAAGUCAAAAUAAAAGGUACAUGAUUGGUAUGUUCAUUGGUAAAGGAGGCUUUGGCAGAGAAUUCAUUAUUUUCUAGUUGUGGCAAAUUGAAUUAUGUACUCAUCUUGUUUAACACACCCCUUUGAAGCAGUAAACAUUUAAGGGUCCUAGCAGGAAUGAUUGUUCAUUGGUUGGCAAUUUUCCAAUUUCAAACACAGGGAGAAUGUUAUAUUUGUUUGCUGGAGUCUUGGAAGGAAACACUUGAAAGAUCCUCGAUGCAAUCAUUCUUAAAUGGCUGGGUUCAGCUUGGUUGAAACAUGUAAAUUCAUGGCAAGGGUAUGUGAAAAUUCAGAUGGACAUGGGAAUUCCGUCUCCAGUUAAGUGUAAGAUGUCUGAGAGAUGCCAGAGAACUGUCACUGAUUAUGGUAUCUAGCAGCCUAUCGUUACUAAAGAACACCUAUGUUUUCUGACUUACAAAAUUUUAUGUGCUGCAGCAUCUAUUUUUUGAACUAUCGUCCCAAUUGGGUCUUCUUGCAGACUCUAAGAUGUCGAUCCUUCUGUGCCUACUCUUCAUCGUCCAUUUACUUCCUUUUCUCUUGCAAGUGCUGAAGGUGUGCCAACUCUGACGCAACUUCCUAGCUGUACUUAAAUGCAUUUUCGCGAUUUCUAUCGGCUGAAGUGCUCAAGUUGUAUGUGCAUAUAAGUUUCGGAAUGAAAUUUCUGUGUGCGACUCGCUACAUUUCUCAAUGAAAUCACAAUUAUCCCUCUGGUAUAUAAUGAUGAUGCGAUUGUUUGUUAGAGAGUUCAUCAUUUACAAUUAAGAAAUCUGCUCUGAUGUUUAUAAUAUGACAUUGAACCAUUGGUGAUUGUGGCCAUAAAAGCUGAUGUUGGAUCUUUGACCGAUCAAAGCCAUUCCUUUCUUGAUUUUGAUUGUAGUUUGAAGGAUUGGAUGGAGGCCUCUUUUCUUGACUCGUCUACAAGGGAGUGUUGCUGAAUGCUUAGCCCCUGCUCAUGUGAAUGGUCAAUGCCCUCUGCCAAGAGUUUCAUGCUUUUGCUUGCAAGUGUGGGAAAGAGAGAAAUGCAAGGUCUUUUCAUGGGUGAAAUUAGAUCUUUGCUAAAUUUUGUUUCCUAACAUCAACAAAAUUUUGCUGUGUUUCACUGCUGCAUUCCGAGGUUUCUUCGUGGUCGCUCAGGCAAAUACUUGAAUGGGCCCAAGAACCAGUCUCAGUACUAGCAACUUGGAUUCCACGGGACCCUCACAUUAGUGGAAAAGUCCGACCCAGAUGUGUAAAGCCUAACUAAGAGUGGACAAUCAAGGCCUCUUUCUUCCCCAAGCUCCCCUGUCCCCGCGGCCGGGACAGCUGCCGGAAAAUGGAAGUCUCAUGAGUUCGGUACUGAGACUGCUUCUUGGGAGGAGUUGGUUUUGUUUCAAAAAUUUGUGCCUUCAAGGAGGACCAGAGGAAGAAGUCAGACAUAGAUGUGUUAUGAUACCGAUUUUCUUACAUUGGAAUGGACAAGGAGAUACCUUCUUAUAUGUGGACUGAUCGUGGCUCUGAUCAAAGAUCAAUGAUUAACUGGGAAGGGCGAAAAACUCCAGAUACAUUAUCAACUUAAAGGUAUGGGUAGCCAAUUGUUAGCCAAUAAAUAUAUAACAACCAUGGAAGAUGACUAGAAUAUGGUCAAACCAAGAAGCUCCGGGUUAUAACAUAACGAUAAGGUAUGUUACCAUGUGUUGAUAUCAAACUUCUAAUGCAAUUGCAACAAGUUGUUUGUAUUCCCUUGUUUUCUAAGCCUGAGUUUGGAGCUUUAGUUAUUGGAUUGUGCACUUCAUUUGCAGGGAACAAACCAAGUCAAGCCCACCCGGCUAAACACAUCAUCCUUUGUUCUAGAGGAGUUGAGAUACUUUGACACCAAAUUCACAAAGCUUAUUAGAGACUUCAGGCUUCAGUAAUCUUGCCAAAUCUGAGAUGGCUUCUAACGCCGCAAAACCGCUGGCAUGGUUACACUCCAUUUCGCCAUGGAUCCUGAAGAUUCCUGUCACCUUCAUUGAAGUUGCUGUUUGGGUCUUCAUGACAUACUAUGUCAUUGGAUUUGAUCCCAACUUUGGAAGGUUCAUUAGGCCUUAUGUAGUGUUGGUGGCAAUAAGUCAAAUGACAUCUGCUCUUUUCCGAUUCAUUGCUGCAAUGGGAAGGAACAUAGUUUGUUGCGAACUCUUUUGGCUCAUUUGUUCUGCUUCUUCUUUUUGCAUUGACUGGAUUCAUUUUAUCACGAGAGGAUGUAAAGAAAUGGUGGAUUUGGGCGUAUUAGUAGUUAAUAAAUUCCUUGGACACAGUUGGAACCAUGUUCCAGCAAACUCAAACUCGGCAGAGUCACUUGGAAUUCAAGUGUUCUCGUGCGUUCUUCACUGAGCCAAAUUGGUGUUGGCUAGGAGUAGGGAGCAAUUCUAGGAUUCAUGUUCCUAUUCAACAUCGCUUUCGAUAUCGUAAGUAACUCAACCAAGUUCCUUCCUUGCUCAGGUUCAUGCUUGUACUGCAAGAAAUCUUUUUCCUCGGGAAUAAUAAUGUUUUUUUAAUGGAGGGAAUAAUAAUGUUUUGAUGAGGUUAAAUAUGUACAGAAUUCGAGAAGCCUAAGGCACUCAUACCUGCAAACUCCAAUGAAUAUCGAUUUCAUCUGCUGAUCUGCUCCAUUUCGCCUCCUUUUGCUUCUCCAAUUUCCAAAUUUACAGAAGCAAAAAAGCGCUUGUCUUUCUCUGUCUUCUCGACCAUUUCCGUGGUUCAUGCACUGCAUCGGCCGCCAUCAACUAGAAUCCCUGUAAUUUCUCCCUCUCUCUACAUGAGAAUAGUAGAACUAACAGAUUCGUUUCUUACCGGAGAACACGUUGUCCUAAAAUUUUCUCAUAGUUUAUUUUCGUGCUUCAACUAUUUCUAUUUUUUGUUUCAGUCUUCGUUCUAUUUGGGUUUUUAAGUUAGCCCUCAGAAUCUUUGGUUAUAGUCCUUGAGCGUGCUGUGAUGUUGAACUUCAGCAGUUUGAUGCUUUGUUCAUCAGUGUCCCUGUUCUUGCAAAAGUUGAUGGUAACCUGGGUAAUUGGUGGUGUGAUUCGUAUAUACAAGUUGUUGGUUGGUUUCUUUGACAAUAGUAAAAUCCAAGGUUGGGGUUUCUCAUUUGAUCACGCCAGUUAUGGUUUGGUUGCGGCCAUGACUGCGCGCCCCGUUGGGUAAUUAAUUUUGAGUCUUUUGGAGAUAAAUUUAUGUCGAGAAGGUUUAAAGACCUUGAAGUGUUUUGCGACUAGAUCUGUUGCAUGAGUUGGGACUUGGGUGGUUCAUGUUGGCGGUUCAUCGUUUGGUGGAGAAAUAUUUCUCUGUAAUAAUUCCUAAUGCCCCUUCUUUGCUGCCUAGAUUUUUUUUUUUAAUCCGGAUGGAAAACCUUAAGAGUUGCGAAUUGAUUUGCUCAUCGAUGCACUUGUUGCGCUAACAUGUGAAUGAUUAUCUUUUGGUGAAGUAGACUAAUACCUGAUAUUGUCGUUGGUUUAGAACCGCCAUCUGAUUAUUUCAGUUGCCAACUAGUUGCCCCACAUGUUUGCCCAUACUUACAUGUGAAUGAUUAUCUUUUGGUGAAGUAGACUAAUACCUGAUAUUGUCGUUGGUUUAGAACUGCCAUCUGAUUAUUUCAAUUGCCAACUAGUUGCCCCACAUAUUUGCCCAUAUUAAAUUGCUUCAUUCAAGUUCAGCAAAUUGUAAUGGAUAAAGUAAAUUUAAACUCUUCAAUGUUUCAUUCAAUCGGUGGUCACCUCAUGUACCCAUUGUAAAUAUUGCAUGGAUUGGCAGCCAUGUUUGAGAAGAAAGUUGGUCCGAAAGUUGCGUUCCAUUGUUCCUACAAUUGAAGUUGUCUCUCAGCAUCCCAGUUGCCCUUCUGCUCUAUCCUAUUUAGUGAAUGUCUUAACUAGAGUCCUAGAUGGGAGCUUUGGAUUGGUUAAAUAGUGAUUGAGAGAAUACAUGGAUUGGCGGCAAUGUUUAAGUAACAAUCUUGUCUUUCUGAAAUGCUAGCAAUUAUUUAAUCAUUCCAGUUGCCCUUCUGCUCUAUCUUGUGAAGAACAAGUCUUAAAUGGAGUCCUAGAAGGGAACUUUGGAGUGAGUGAUACCAACUGAGAUAUAUAUGGACUUGCGGCCAUGUUGUUGCUCUAAAUGUUUUGUCCCUCUACUCUAUCUUGUGAAGAAAAAGUCAUAAAUGGGGUUUUAGAAAGGUACUAUGGAGUGAGUGAUACUAACAGAGAUAUACAUGAACUGAUGCUCAUGUUAUUGCUCUAAAUGUUGUGUCCCUUCGAGUGUUAUUUUGAGAUGAUCAUGACGCUUCGUUAACUGAAAGAGCUAGUAGGAAUCCUAGAGGAGUCAGAAGGAUAAAAAAUCACAAAUUCAUAUAGAUCCACCGGCCUAACCAGCAACCAAAGCUGUAUGCAAUAUAUGAACAUACAACAAACGUUGGGAUUAUGCACUAUGACAGUAUGAACAUGAUACCGCGGGAAUCUUUUCAAUGAAUACUAUGAAAAUGCAGUCCAUUCAGUUUAUGGUGUAUCAUAUUAUGAUUUUCUGAUUAUCUUCGUUUCCAUCUGCUUGCGGCAUAUUUUUGCACCUACAAAUUACUUCAUUCAAGGAGACACCCCGUGACCCAUUGUAGUCUGGUAAUCCACAAAUGAUUAUAUGUUGCCACUUGCCAUAUUGGUUUUAGUUAAGUGACCGUUUACUCGCUACAAUUGCCCUUUUGCUCCACCCUACUCAGUGAAUGUUCUUACUAGAGUCGUAGAUGGGAACUUUGGAAUUAUUAGUAUUGAAUUAGAAAUACAUGAAUUGGUGACCAUGUUUGAGUGAGAAUGUUGUAUGUCCAAAAUUCUAGCAAUUAUUUAAUCAUUCCAGUUGCCCAUAUGUUGUAUCUUGUGAACAAAGAGUCAUGAAUGGAGUCCUAGAAGGGUACAUUGGCGUGAGGGAUACCAAUCAAGACAUACAUGGACUGGUGGUCAUGUUGCUCUAAAUGGUGUGCCCUUUGCAUAUUACUUUGAGCUGUUCAUAAUCGUCUACCCCUCUAGUCCGUCUCCAGUUCAAUCAUGACAAUAUUUUGUUCACUAUGGAAUUCCUAAAUUGGAUAGGAGAACAUUUUUUUUUUGUUUGGUAGAAAGGAGAACUUUUUAAUGACAUGACAAGAAUACCAAGAAGUAUUCUCCAUUAAGUUCAAAAUCGACAUGAGUUCUCAUUCAUUCUAGUUUGUUUUCAAAUUUAACUUAAUCAUUAGUAAUUUGCUCGUGCUCCAGUUUUUGUUUGAACUAUGUAGACUUUAAGUCCUACAUGGGUUUACCAAAAAAAGUCCUACAUGGAGUCCUUAAGAAAAUCUUUGUUAUGAUUGUUACCGCACCGAGUUUGUGACAAUGAAGCUCUUGAUAUGACAAUUACGUCCUCUGAUUAUGUGAUGAAGAGCAUAGUGACUGUGAUGAUAUGACUUUUGAACCAGAAGAUAAAUUUUGUUUUCUGGUGGUCUUGCUUGCCUUAUGAUCGUUCAUUUCUUAUUUGAUAGAUGACCUUUGAGCUUAUUUCAUGCUUAUAGAACCCAUGUUACUUUUCAGAGUUAAAAGCUCUCAUUGAAUUCCUGUACUUCCCGAUGAGAAGAUAGUAACUCCUCUUUUAUGGUCUGUUGACUGUUGGUAAGAUGCACAGAUUCAUUGGUAGUCUAUCCUUCUAUCCCUUCAUUUAUUUUGCACUUUCAAAUGGCUUGAUGGGGAAGUAUAUACAUAUAUAAGUCCGAAAGAUUGGAGGUCCAUGUCAAUGUUUCGUCGCUUGGUGGAGAUGGCCUUGCUCUCAUAUUGUUCCUAAUGUCCCUUCUAUGUUGCGUAGAAUUUUCUAUCUGGAUGGAAGUUCUUUGAAUUGCGUUGGUUUUCUCAUCGAUGCACUUGCUGCAAUUACAUAUGAAAGGGUAUAUGUUGUUAAAGUAGCUUGAAAUGGCUGUCCAAUUAUUGCCUUCUGAUUGGCCCAUCCUUUUGCAGUCACUUAAUCGUUUCCAUUCAAGUUAUGCAAACUGCAUCAAAUAUGAAAUAUCUUGUUGCGUGUCCCAUAGUAAAUUAUACUGAAAUAUCUGUGGCCAUUUUGGUUUCUGUUGAAUCGACCAUUUAACCAAUCAAGUUGCUUUUGCUCUAUUGAUUAUAAAUGAAGUUCGAAAGGGGAACUUCGGAACGAUUCAUUAAAACCAGGUAAAUACGUGGAAUGCUGGCCAUCUCUUAUCAUUAUAGUUUCCCUACUUCUCUAUCCGUACUUUGUGAAUGCCCCAAUUAGAGUCCUAGUUGGCACUCGACUUAUAACUUGGAAUGGUGUCCAUGUUAGAGAAAGCAAGAUGGUCCGAAGUUUUGUCAUGUUGUUCCCACAACUGAAAUGUUCUCUAAUCAUUCCAGUUGCACUGACUGAGAAAAUACGUGAUGGCCAAGUUUGAUUAAGAACACCAUUUUUCUGAAAUUCCAGCUACUAUUUAACCAUUACAGUUGCUCUUCUGCUCUAUUUUGUGAAGAUAAAGUGACGAAUGGAGUCCAAGAAGGAAACUUUAGAGUGACUGAUACUAAAUGAGAUAUACAUGGGGACUGGUAGCCAUGUUGUUGCGAUAAAAGUUGUGUUCCUUUGCAUGUUGUUUUGAGAUGAUCAUAAUUGGUUGCCCCUUCUUUUGUGUUCCUUUGCGUGCCUAUUUUGAAAUGAUCAUAAUGAUUGUCAAGUUCAAUCAUGACAAUAUUUUGUUAACUGUGGAACUCUAGAUGACAAUCCUAGAGGGAAACUUUUCAAUGAUUUGACAAGAAUUCUAAGAAGUAUUGUUUUGUUAACUGUGAAACUCUAGAUUGGAGUCUUGAGAGGGGAAUUUUUUAAUGAUUUGACGAGAAUGAAUACUAAGAAGUAAUGUCCAUUAUGUUCAAACUUGACAUGAGUAUAUUCUAGUUGCCUUUUCUCAAAUUUUGUUUUCUGGUGGUCUUACUUGCCUUAUUAACAUUCAUUUGUUAUUUGACAGAUGGUCUUUGACUGUGUUGCAGGCUUAUGAACCCAUGUUUCUUUUCCAUGUUAAAAGCUUUGAUUGAAUUCAUGCAAUGGAAUUUUGCUCAUACUUCCUGAUAAGAAGAUGACAUGCCUUCUUUUAUGGUUUAUCCACUAUUGGUAAGAUGCAGAUUCUUUUAUUAACGUUCAUUUCUUAUUUGACAGAUGGUCAGACGGAUAUCUUUUUGUUAAAGUACCUUGUUAUGAAUGUCCAAUGACUCAGGCUUGUUUUAUUCAAUCAUUGAUCACCUUGUUGACCCAAUUUUAGUUUGGUGAUAUCCACAAAUGGUUUUCUGUGGCAAUUUUGGUUUCUGUUGAAUCGAUCAUUUAACCACUCAAGCUACACUUUUGCUCUAUCAUUAUAAAUGAAGUUCGAGAGGGGAACGUUGGAAUGAUUAUUGAAACCAGGUAAAUACAUGGAAUCAUGGCCA